UGAAUAUACAGCAAAUUAGCAACUCAGCAAAACAACCCAGUUUACUCUUUCGUCAAAGAUUCUUCAAAACCGUGUGGUGGUGCUUUAUUUUAUUAUUAAUGUUUUAUAAAAAAUAAUUUGUAAUGCAAAAGUCGGAUGUGCAGGUAAGAUUUUGGGUAUUAAUAGCUGCUGCAAAAAGACAUAACGUGGAAGAACCAACAAAAAUCAACGAAUGCUUUCUCUCUCUCUCACACACCUAUAAACACCGCCGCCUCUCUUUCCUCUCUCCGCUUCGUGUUUUAAAGUUUUGUUACCGGAAAAAAUGGUUGUGGAUAGGGUCGGAUCGGCGCAGAUCGAACAAAAUAAAAUAGAAUCGUACAUGAACAGGAACGAAUCACGGGCAUUUUGGAUUAAACGGGAGUUGGAGGAGAUGCAAUCCAAUCCCUCCGACGAUUUCAAGUGCCUGGCGCUCAAGUCGAACCCGUAUGAUUGGCAAUUUGCAAUCAGAGGCCCUAAUGGAACUGAAUUCGAGGGCGGGAUUUAUCAUGGCCGGAUCCAGUUUUCGGAGGAAUACCCAGACAAGCUUCCUAUAUUCACGUUGUUGACGGAAAAUGGUCGCUUCAAAGCCCAAACUGAAAUCAGUUCGCUCGAUAUUUUUUCUAGGGCUAGGGGGAAUUUCGGCGUGCGCAGAGCUUUACUUAAACUUAUUGAGUUAUUGCCUACCUACCCAGAUGGUGCAUUGGGUUCAGUAGAAUACGAUAAGAAAAAAAGGCGUGCCUUGGCCAUCAAAUCUCGUGAAGCAGCCCCAAUAUAUGGCACUGCUGAACGUCAGAAGUUAAUUGAUGAGAUUCAUCAAUAUAUGGUAAGCAAGGUACCCCCUGUUCCUUCAAAUGGGGGAGGGGAUAUCCGGGUGAGUUCCCAAAAUGAUCGAGAUAGAAGAAAGCAGGACAUGGUGACCAGAAAAAGAAAAAGAAAGCAGGACAUCAAUAUAUUUUAUAAGAAUACAAUUAAUGCUGACAAUUGCGAGCAAGCAGGAUUUUUCGAUAUUGCGAAGAGGGUCAAAAGCCUAUGGUGGUGGUAAUGGAA